GUUUUGGCUGCUCAUCUGAUAAGACCGCCUUCUUCAGCUUGCGCAGACUCUCCAGCACCUCAAACGACACCAUAUUGAGCGGAAAUGCAGUCUCGAGCGGCCCUACUGCUCUUGCGCGAGCGCUACAACAUCCAGCGGUCGCCGAUGCCGUGGGGCAUAUCCGCCGACAUCAAUGAAAACAAUCUGUACCACUGGAAGGCAAGGAUCAUGGGGCUGCCUGAGACGCCGUGGGAAGGAGGGAUCUUCCAGGUCGAGCUGUUCUUCACGGAGGAAUACAACGAGGUGCCCCCAGAUGUCUACUUCACAACCGUCCCGUUCCAUCCAAACGUCGAACUUUUGACCGGGAAGCCCUGUCUUCCGUAUCUGAGCGACGAAUCGCUCUGGGACCCGGCAAUGGGGAUCGUGAGCAUUCUGAUGGAGCUGCAGACCAUGCUCGCGAAUCCCGGACUCGUCGAUCCAAUCAAUCUGCCGGCAGCCCAGAUCUUCGAGUGCUCGCCUCAUCUCUAUGACCAGCUCGUCCGCGAUUGUGUCAUUGCCAGCCGCAGAAUCGAUGCCGGACUUGAUCCCCACACCGACAGCAACGAUCCCUACGUCGAGACAGUCGAAACACCAUCUCAGAUCGAGUAUUACAUCUCGCAAAAGCUUGAAGAAAAGCCCGCCAAGCUCAAGCAGAUCUCAUUCGAGGAGUACUAUGAGCAGUGGAAAGACAUUGCCACAUCGCUGCCCAACCUUGAGGAUGAGCCUCCAACCCGAACAGUGCUGGGCAACCACCCGCAUUCUCAGCUGCUGUCCCAAGAGGAGCUCAAGGAUGUGAUUCGGCGCCAGCGGGAACUGUGGUAUGGCCGGUUCGGAAAGCCCAAGCAGGUCCGUCCGCUGGCGGUUUCCAAGCAAGACCGAGUCAAUGCUAUGAUGCGAGUCUAUCAGACCGAGAGAAAGCCAAGCACUUCCGACAACCGCUCCCACCCAGAUUCUCCGCUCCCGCCUCUCCCCGCGAGUCUUCGUGAGAGCAACACACUCGCUCACAGUCCGAUUCGAACGCCAAAGAGCCCAACCCGGAUCCCGAUCAUCACAGCAAUUGUUGAGCCAGAGUUUGGUCGGCCAAACAAUCGAACCGAGGAUAGUGAUGAGGAGUGGGAAAGAGACGACGAUGGUCUGCUGGAGUGGUCAGUCAAUCCAGAGCGCCUUGGAUAAUCCAGUUCGUACACCCGCGCGGCAUCUGCUGAUUCCCUGUUGUAUGACGCCGCACCCCGCGACACUCACGUCCACGGUGAACUCUGUGGUGUUUCGGGUGAUUCUGCGUCAGAGAAUUGAUGUCAAGU